UACAAAGCUCACCUCCCCAUCAAAAUGCAACACCAUUGUCAUGGUGUCAUUGAGAUUGAGAUUCCAAGGAACAGAAAUUCAAAACACUCUGAAGUCAAUUCAAAUCUAAAACCUCAUUGUACUAUCUCCCACUUCCACAUUGAUCAACCAUGUCCCUCUAUUCAAGACUCAGUCCCUUCACUUCACCCCCAAAAACCAACCAAAGAAUUUCCAGAGUCAUACUCACACCCAAAACACCCACCAUUUCUUUUCCACCAAAGCCCACAAAUUUACUCACUAUCACAGCUGUUCGUGGAAAACCCAGAUGGGAAAACUUGUUAUAUACUGCAAAGCCCCGAACUUUACCCAUAAUCAGAGCUGUUAAUGGAAAUUCUGAGCAUUCACCAGUCACUCCAGCAAAACCCAAUUGGGAAAACUUUUUGGCUACUGCAGCAAGCUUGUACCCUCUUUAUGUGAUUGUCGGAUGGUUUGUUGCUUGUGUAAAGCCAUCUACUUUUGCAUGGUUUGUGAGUAGAGGCCCAGCUUCAUAUAGCUUAACUCUUGGAUUGAUUAUGUUGGCAAUGGGUCUCACUUUGGAGUUCAAGGACAUGAUCCGUCUGUUCUUGCAAAGGCCACUCUCAAUAUUGUUCGGUUGUGUUGCUCAGUAUACAAUUAUGCCAGCCUCUGCAUUUGCUAUUAGUAAAAUCUUGGGGCUUUCACCUUCUCUUUCAGUUGGUUUAAUAUUGCUUGGUUGUUGCCCCGGAGGUACCGCCUCCAACGUGGUGACCUUAAUUGCUCGAGGGGAUGUUCCAUUGUCUAUUAUUGUGACAGCGUGCACUACUCUUGGAGCAGUGCUUCUGACUCCUUUCUUGACAAAGAUACUAGCAGGAACUUUAGUUCCUGUAGAUGCUAUUCAACUUUCCAUCAGCACCCUGCAGGUGGUGGUCGCACCUAUUCUGUUAGGUGCUUAUAUACAGAGUGCAUUUCCUGCGGUUGUGAAAAUUGUGACACCUUUCGCCCCACUUUUUGCUGUUUUGGCUUCAUCAUUACUCGCAUGCAGUGUAUUUUCAGAAAAUAUUGUUCUGCUCAAUUCAAUGGUUGGUGCAUCAUUGACAUCUGAUCUCUCUCCACUACGCCAAGCUCAAGCAAUAUUAUCUGGUGACCUGGGGGUUGUAAUGCUUGCUGUGGCAUUAUUACAUUAUGUUGGUUUCUUUGUGGGGUAUAUAUCGGCAGCUAUUUGUGGGUUUAAAGAACCCCAACGGCGAUCAAUAUCAAUUGAGGUUGGCAUGCAAAAUUCUUCCUUAGGUGUGGUUUUAGCAACCUCCCAUUUUUCCUCGCCAAUGGUUGCAGUACCUCCAGCUGUGUCUGCUGUGGUAAUGAAUGUGAUGGGUAGCAGUUUGGGUUUCCUUUGGAGAUACAAGAACCCAUCAGAUUCUGAAAGUAGACCUAAAAUUGAUGAUAAGUGACUAUAAAACUCCGUUUGAGUGUACUCCAUUGGAAUUGUUAAAAGCUUAAGUUUACUCAUCAAUAAAAAGUGUGUAUACAUGAAGGCAAAACUUUGAUACAA